AUGGCGCCUAAUCACGAUAUCGCUACUCGAGCUUUAGUUGUUGCCCUUAAAUCGCCAUCUGUGGGCAAAACUACCCAACAGGUCGUGUCAAUUACUGGACUACCAAAGCGCACUGUCGAUAGCAUCUACGGCCGAGCGAUCAAGCGUGGGUUUGAUCCUAACGCCGUCCCUCUUGUUAUAAAAGACGAAUAUCUUGAAGAUGCUCCCCGAUCUGGCCGUCCAAAUAAGCAGACAAGCAAGAAGGUACGCCUUGACCGAUAUGGCCGUGAGAAGACAUGUGCUGACCUUGCUGGCGAGCUUAGC